AUGGGGAAGCAAACGCCGGUGUCAAAUGUCAUCAUUGUCGGUGCUGGACCGUCAGGGUUGCUGCUAGGGAUCCUCCUAGGGAAAGCAGGCGUGAAGGUGACGCUCGUGGAAGCAGCCGCGGAGUUGGAUAAAAACCCCAGGGCGGCACAUUACGCUCCUUCAGCAGUCUACGAACUCAAUCGAGCCGGAGUUCUCGGAGACGUCAAGGCGAAAGGCAUCCAUCCUGAUGCGGUAUGCUGGAGAAAUCCCGAUGGAUCGUUUAUCGCCGGCAUCCGAAGCCGAAUGGACAUUGAGUUCCCAAUGGUGUGUCUGCCAUUAGACCAACUGGAUGAAUUGCUCCUGGAGCAUUUCUUGAGAAUCCCAAAUGCGGAGGUGCUAUGGCGCCAUAAAGUUGUUUCGAUCGACCAAGAUGACAAUGAAGCUCGAGUGCACAUCGAGACACCCGACGGAAAGUUGACACUUUCUGCAGACUAUAUCGUCGGAUGCGAUGGAGCGAACAGCCAAAUCAGAAGAUCGCUCUUUGGAGAUCUCAACUACCCCGGGGAGACGUUAACGAAACAAAUUAUCGCGACCAACGUUUAUUAUGAUUUCCACAAAUUCGGCUACUGGGACUCGAACUUCAUCAUCGACGAAAAUGAUUGGUACAUGGCGGCGAGGAUCACCGACAAUGGCUUAUGGCGGGUGACUUACGGGGAUGUCUGGGGCUUGUCCAAUGAAGAGUAUCUUGCUCGCCAACCAGAACGGUUCGAGAAGAUCCUACCCGGAAAUCCGAAGCCUGGUGACUAUAAGCUGGCAAGUGCCAGCCCAUACAAACUACACCAGAGAUGUGCGGAGUCUUUCCGAGUUGGACGAUUCCUCCUGGCGGCCGACGCGGCACAUUUGUGCAAUCCAUUCGGUGGACUUGGAUUGACUGGUGGGAUCGCUGACGUGGGAAGUCUGUUCGACGCACUCCUCGCAAUGAAAGAGGGCAAGACCGACGACAGCAUUCUAGAUAAGUAUAGCGAGGUCAGAAUAAAGAAGUGGCAAGAGAUCAUCGAUCCCAUGUCGCGAGCCAACUUCAGACGUGUAUGUCUUGACGAGGCCGAGUCAGACAGAAAUGAGUUCUGGAAGCUGUGCGAAAAAAUGGAACAAGACGAUGAGUUGUCUCGCCAGAUGGCACAGAACCGGAAAGGGGACCAAUAUACUUCGUGA